ACACAAGAYCACGAAAGUCCAAAAGAAUCAAUACCGACAACACAACCGAGGUACAUAUAAAACUAUAGGCGACAUAAACAGCACAAAUAGAAGACGCAUUAUGACGCAGACUAUCACUGAAAAGCAAAAGAGAAAGGAAGAAGGAAAACGAAUAAAACGCCAGAGGAUCGAGGAAGCCGGCGGCGUACGACCUAGAGACAACAUCGACGGCAAGAAAAAGAAAAAGUCUUCUUCCGCAGAAGYUAUCGAAUCAAAACCACGCACUCAAAAUGGAAGCGACUACAUCCCGUCGUUCAAAAAGAACAAUAGCAACAACGACAGCUAUGGGCGUACCUAUGAUCGCAACUUUGGUACCAACAGAGUGCAACCUGCGAAACAUCGAUUCGGACGAGUGAUGGAAAAAGUUCCUUGCAGAAACAAACCUCGUUUCUCGACGCUUAGCAUUGCUCUUCCGGGAAGUGUUCUUUCAAACUGCCAAACAAGAGAGCURCGAACGCUGCUMGUGGGGAAUAUCGCUCGUGCCGCAACAAUWUACCACGUUGACGAAAUUAUUGUGUUUGAUGACAAAUUAGGGAAAAUGAAUAAAAAUUACCAGAACAAUCGCAAUGGAGGCUGGAGGGRUUUCAAGCGCCGCAAGCACGAUCACGAUGCGCACGGUCGAGAGGGAGACAAAGAGAAGGAAGAUAAGCAAGACGAAUCCACGGAGAAGAAAACAGAGGGAGACGAUUCGGAAAGGGGUGAAAGRUUCGAACAUCGACCACGAUCUACGCACGAAGAAUUCAUGGCUCGGCUCUUGCAAUAUUGCGAAUGUCCACAAUACCUGCGUCGAUGCUUCUUCCCUAUGCAUCCCGAUCUACAAUUUGCCGGCCUCUUGGCUCCCAUCGAUGCUCCGCAUCACGUCCGAGCGGAGGACCGUAGCAAAUACCGAGAAGGAAUAGUGAUGAAAAAAUGCAGUCCUAGCGGAAACUCUUUUGUAAAUUGUGGCAUCCGAAAUCGUCCGGUGGAGUAAGUGGAUCUAUAGAACUUGUUGGAAUUUGCAUCUUUUUCUCGGAAUUGGUAUCUUGUUUUGUGAUAUUUUGAAUAUAUAUAUAUAUAUCUAACUGUGCAAAACAAUCAUUUGCUCUCUAGGAUCGACCGAAAAAUCACUCCUGGCAUUCGAUGCACCGUUCAGAUUGAUCCCGCUGCGUAUGGAAAAGCAUCCCAAAUCAGAGGAACUGUCGUAGCCCCUUCGGCUCCCAGAGAAGAUGAUGGGACCUAUUGGGGAUUCACGACGCGAAUGGCAGACUCAAUCAAUGGCGUUUUCGARAAUUGUCCGUUCUCGGAUGCUGGAUACGACCUGAAAAUUGGUACAAGCGAGCGAGGGAGCAAGUCGGUAGAAGACAAGAGCUUUGGACUCCCCAAGUUUCGUCAUUCGUUGCUUGUCUUUGGUGGUGUAGCAGGAAUCGAGGAAUGCGUUGACGCCGACGAGUCCAUUAAAAUCCCCGGAUCGUCUUCCUCGAAGCUGUUUGAUCUCUGGCUGAACACCUGCCCCUUCCAGGGAAGCAGAACCAUCCGAACAGAAGAGGCCGUAAUGAUUAGUCUAGCAAAAAUCAAUCCAUUUCUAAUGAAAUCUUCCAGCGAUAAGGCGAUGCCCGACGAAAGCCAAGAGGAAGAUGACGAAUUUAGCGAUGAAUCCCCUUCCGACGAAAGUAGCGACGAAGAAGMAGUGUCAUCAGAGGAAGAGUAGGGGUGACGAUGGCGUUGAAAGAACGAGAAGUGCGUUUAGUAUGAUUUUAGUACUACUGGAUUAGACCUCUCUGAUCUSAAUGCUUUCUCCAGAGCAACCUUGCCUAGUAACUCUUUUAUUUGAUUCAAACUCACCGUGGUUCUCAAGUUCUAAUAGAAGGGCUUGUUUUACAGUCGACCUUUCCGUAUUCUGGUGUCUCUUCCUAAAUAUUUAUGAAUCUUGUUCUGAGUACAUCUUGGGACAUCCAAAAUGAUUGAAGAUCAUCUGUGUUGGUGAAAAAGAUCCCAUCGGUUGGUAGUUGCUCUUCAGCAGCAGAGCUAUUGCAUAGUACUGUCCUCGACAUUUCUUGAUUUAUGCUGCUAGUUAUUUGUUCAAAAAACAAUAAGCAAGAAC